GAGGAGCCCGGCGCGCCGGUGCUGUGCGACGGGCAGCUGACGGGCGUGGUGGCCGGGUCGCUGGGCUGCGGCAACGCCACGUUCGCGCUGCUCUACACCGACGUGGGCUACUACCGGCGCUGGAUCGAAGCCACGCUGCGCCAGCACCAGGCGCAGCUCCAGGCUCUGGACCGAGAGUCUGGAGAGCGCCUGCGCGCGCAGCGCCCGCCCCAAGCCAGCGACGGCGACGGUCCCCCGCGCAGGCGCCGCCGACCACGCCCCCGCCGCCGCCUCGGAGUCACCAAACGACUUUCGAAACGCUAUGAGCUGCUAUGAAUCCAUAGACGUGCCCAUGAGGGGGGCGUGGUCCUCGCGAAAGUUCCGAAGGGGGACACGUACCCUAAGUAAUACAACUUUAUUUCUGUAUAUAUGAUAAAUUCCUUCAUUUUAUUCUUUUUUAUGCUGGCAAUUUCAGGAAUUCAUUCACAACAUUUGCUGUCUCCAAAUGAGGCUUUAUAAAACCUAACCCUGUAAAAGAAUCAACGCAAACCAUUUGCAUUAUUAAUUGUUUCAUUCAAGUUAUAAUUUCAUUCUCCCUUCAGUAUGCUUUCCUUUUCUCCUAGUAAAAUAUGCCAUUAGAAAAAAUUUAAUGGAAAAGCGUGAUCAUAAUAAUAAUUGCCUCCACUAGUUGUUGCGGACGCGUAUGGACGACCCUAAAUGUGAAGAAUUCCUCACAUAAGAAAACAUGUAGGUGCAAAUAAAAAGCGAUUCACAUUGAACAUGCUUUUCGGAAAUUAAAAUGACAAACUUAAAAUGUUGUUCGAAAUGGAUAAAUUAAGAUUUUAAAAAUAACUUCUGUAAAAAACAUCUUACGAUGCAUAAGAGACGUGGCACAUAUGAAAAAUAGUAAUUUGUCAACAGAAUGGUUUUUCCACUAGGCGGAACAUUUUAUUUGGAUGUCCCAGAUAGAGUAUUUUUCUAUUGGUUGCCUUGCGCACUAUUUAUACAAACAUUUUGUAAUUUGUACUAAAAAGUAUGGUGUUUUCAAAACAUUUUACUUCCACUUUUGAGAUGCUUCGUUUUUGUGACACCGAUGAUGUGUUACUAUUUUAGCUCUGUCGAGGUUUUAGAGUAUAGAUGGUUGUAUCGUGCUUCCCGCUGAUGAAUAAAAAUGAUAAAUAACUAUUUGGAAAUUAAAAUUUUAAUUUUUCAUUUACGACAGUUCAUGUUUGGUUCCAUAUUUUUAAACAACAAUUGCUGUUGGUCAUUCAAUGUAAUAAGUGAGCAACGUUAUUUUUUAAACUCUUUCAUUAGCUUCAAAAAGUGUCAUCAAAUAUAAGUUACUUAUGUUUUUACAGAUUUAUCAAAGGCAUUGUUCAUGUUUGCGGUGUGGUAGCACCACAUCUUCAAUUACGAAAUUAAUAUUGAAAAUUUAAUACUUACUGAAUAAAUCUUAAUGUUAAUAAUCACUCAUAUGAGAACACAUAUAUUCAAAUUAUGGCCAAUAAAAAUUGAAUAAACGGAUAAUAAAUAAAUAAAAUUUUGACUUAAGGUUCUUUAUGUUCAAUUUCAUAUUUGAAGGGCUAGGGGGGUUACA